ACGUGACAGGUGAAGCCAAUGCAGAGCAGUGAGAGGAUGUGCAAUGUGACUGUUGCUGUCCUUUGUACCUGUUCCUGGCUCUGCAGUCAUGCCCCUCUCUGCAGGCACCCGAGAUGCUGUGGCUGGCAUAGCUGUGUUGGGGGCCACCUUUGUGGCUGGGGUCUACAUUGGUAAAAAAUAUUUUAUGUAUAGAAGGAAAAAGUCACAGAAAAUGUUUGAUGGACAGGAUGACCCACGUAGAACAUACCUGCUUCGUCUUUCCCUUAGAGAGCACCCAUCUGCGAAGAAGCUAAAACAGCAUCUUUCAAGGAUCACUCCACAGGAUAUAAGCAGCGAUGCCAUCCAACUAUUGGCAAACCUGGCUAAAAUUAUUAAAUCUAAGAAGAUUUUAGAUAUGGGGUGGAGCUAUGGUUACAAUCCUUUGAUCUUGGCAUUGGUACUUCCAUCUGAUGGAAAGGUUGUGGCAAAUGUGCGAGACACAGAGGAUGUCAGCAGUGCGAAGGAAUACUGGAGUGAGGCCGGUGUGGACCGUAAAAUUGAUGUUAAAGUGCAGUCUGAAGAGCAGACACUGGAUGACCUACUCUCUACUGGACAAGCUGGUACAUUUGACCUAAUUUCCAUAAAUAUGGCUCAUCAACAGAAUUGCAGAAAAUGCUAUGAAAAAUGUCUGCGUCUCUUGAGGAUUGGAGGAAUACUAGCCAUAGAUGGGGUCCUGUGCAGUGGAGCUGUACUGAGAAUGAGCCCGAAGACUGAGAGUGUACAGGGAAUGCAUCAGCUGAAUGAAGCCAUCCUAAGGGACGCUCGUGUAUUUUUAAGUAUGCUACCUCUUGCUGAUGGACUGAUGUUAUGUUUUAAACUUUGAUCCAAAGUUUAUUUUUUAUCGCCUCAAACUAGAUGCUGUAUGUACUUUUAAUAUAUUUAAAGUGAAAGUCAUAAUCCUGUGGCAGCCAUCUACUGUGAUAAUAAUGAGCUUCAACGGCAAGAAGUGGAUUUUGCAUAAGCCAGUGACUGAGCAGUAAUAUAGCAGCGAAGAUCACCAGUAAGUAAUAUAACCAGCGCCAUGGGAAAUGUCUCAGCAGCUGGGUCAAGGAGGCAAAUUUCUUUGAGUUGGGCCUAAAUCUCACUUUUCUUAUCUCAAUAACAGUUAUUUCAUUGGUUUCUUAAGGCUCCUUUCACACUAGCUGACCCCAGUUGGUGAAUUCCAGUGAAACUUUGGAGUCUGACUUUGAAGUGGCUUUCACACUCUCUGGCAUUGAAGCCUUGUCAAAGUUGGAUCAAAGUGCUGCAGGAACCUUUUCUGAAGUUGCAGCAUUUUCAGUAGUGUCAAUUGGAAUGGCUUUCAUAGUGAUACAUGGCAUUUCCCUCUGAUCCCUCCUGUAUUGAAUUGUAUUGUAACCGUACUGUCUGUCCUCACGCUGUAAAGCACUGCGCAAACUGUUGGCGCUAUAUAAAUCAUGUAUAGUAAUAAUAAUUUCACUUGUCCUGCAACUUGGGGUCUCGCAAGUCGGAUCCUAAGUCUCGCAAGUGUGAAAGGAGCCCAAGUCUUUAUUGUAAUUGGAUACAAAUUGCACAUCUUAUGGAAGUUUAACGCUUAUAGUGCCUUGAAAAAGUAUUCAUAUCUCUUGAAAUUUGCCACAUUUUGUCAUGUUUCAAUC